AUGCAGGCGGCUAGCUUCAAAGCGAACAAAGUCCUGGCAAGCAUUCUCGAGAAAAUCAGAUCCCGACCAAGUGCGGUUAACUUGGAAGCGUUUCGUCCAUUCAAUUGCCGCUGGGCCGCCCCUCAUACUGACCGCCAGAAUGAACUGAUGGAGUUGGAUGUUGAGUGGGAGAUUGGCGGUUCCCAAAAGCUCGACCAGUUGGCUCAAGGCAGAACGCCGCUGGUGGACAAUUGCAUUGGAUCCAUCGAUGGGGUGUACCCACAACUAAUCCACGGCUAA